UUCCAAAGUUUAAACCUUUGCAGCUUCUCAUGGAACAUCAACCUAAAACCGAACCUGGGUUAUGUUCAACCGACCAAAGAAACUUGGAAGCAAUGAGCAUUCAGGAACUUGUUUCAGUGUUGCGCACAGCGUUUCUGACAGAAGACUAUGACAGAGUUGAAGAUGUUUUAGUCAUUAGAUAUAACAGACUCCAAACAGAAAUUCUUCAUCUUCAAGAGAAUUUUGAAUUGGAGAAACUAACCAGGUUUCAAGCUGAGGAAGAUUUGAGGAAAAGAAAGGAACUUUGUGAAAGAGGGAAAAAAGCACAGAAUAAUUAUGAAACAUUGUUGAAGGAAGUUAAGAAAAGUAGUUUAGUUGACAGAAACAUCAUUAGAGAGCUAAGAAAGAAGAAUGAUGAAUUGGAGUUGGAAGUUUGUGAGCUGAGAAAGUUGAAGAAAAGAUGGAUGGAUGAUACCAAUGCUCUUUCUGAACUGGUUCACAAAAGAAGCUAUGCUCAAGGUGCAUCAUCAUCACCAGUGACGGCACAAAAUGACAACAUUCAUAUGUUUGAAGAGGUUACAGUGACGGACAGUGUUGGUGUCCCUCCAUCAGGCGUGCAGGAACAAAUGGUAACACAAAACAAAGCAAAGAGAAAAAGGUUUGCCACCAACGCCUCAUCUAACUCUUUUGACAACUUCCACUUCAUAUCAUUGGUCCAUCAAGAGCGCUAUUCUGAGGUUAUGGCCAACAAAAAGUUUGUACCUGAAAGAUAUAUCCGGGUGAAAGGGGGCAAAUUCUCAAAUAUUCAAGCAAUGAUAGUGGCCAGAGGAUGGGUGGAAUUGACAUCGUUUGCAAAAGAGGCUAGUGCGACAUUAGCUAAAGAGUUUUUUGCAAAUGCCUAUCAGGGUCCUGCUAAAGAAGAUGGAAAUGAUAAGAAUGAUCAGAAGCAAUUCACUAGUUUUGUCAGAGGGAAGAUGGUGCCAUUUCAUGCUAAAAUCAUCAACCAAUUGUUUGGGCUUGAGAACUAUGAGCAGUGUUCCUUUGAAGCAAGAAAGGCCAAGGGCUCUAACAUUGAUCAUCAGGAGAUUCAUAGUAUUUUGUGCAGGCCCGAGACCGAUUGGACUAGGAGCAAAGAUGGAAAACUAUCGCGACUUCACACUUCUGACCUCACACCCAAUGCUAAAGUAUGGGCAACAUUUGUUUUGCAUACCUUGCUCCCGUGUUCAAAUGUGUCAGACUUGAGCAUUCAAAAAGUAACGUUGCUGACUGCAAUCAUUAAGGGUGAACCUAUCAAUGUCGGCCGUCUCCUGGCAGAUGACCUUUGGAGCACAGCGAACUGUUCUUCUCCCACGAGCUACAUCAACCAUGCCUCACUGAUCAGCAAGCUCUGUGAAAGGGUGAAGGUGUACCCUGAAAAGAAUGAGGAAAUGGUGAAGCCAUCUAGGGCAAUCAACGCAAAAUGGAUAAAAUAAGCAUUGUGAACACGCACAUGAACCUAAAUAAUACUGAACAUGGAAUUGUAAAGGUAUGGAGUACCUUAUCGAAGAAAAUGAAAAUGCAUUUUGAAUUGAAGUCAAUCCUAACUAGAACUAAGUUUGGAAUAUCUUGAUUUGUCUAAUAACAAAAUUAAUGGAAGUGUUCCCAAUUGGUUACUUGAAAUAAUGGAUUCAUCAGGAUUUAUGAACCUCUCUCAAAACUUUUUCACAUCAAUAGAUGGAAUCUCGAGGAAUAAUUACCGGCUAAGUGGUCUUGAUCUAAGUUUUAACUUACUACAUGGUGAAGCCUCUUCGUCAAUUUGUAAUAUGAGUUUACUUCGAAUGCUCAACUUGGCGCACAAUGAAUUGACAAGUAUCAUUCCACAAUGUCUUGCAAAGUUUUGGAUCUACAAAUGAACAAAUUUCAUGGCACUUUGCCAAGUAACUUUUCAAUGAACAAUGAGCUCCAGACUCUGAAUUUCUAUGGAAACCAGUUAGAAGGCCAUUUGCCU